UGGAACACAAUAUUUUUAAAGUAAACAUUUUGAACAAUUCAUUUGAAGUAAUUAAUUAGUCUGUAAAGAGAAAAUUGUGCUAGCUAAGUACUUGAAAUCUCAAAAUGGAUCCCUGUAGUAUUAAACUGCUUAUAACAGAGCAUCUGGGUGGAACAGCUUUUGACUGUCAUUUCUAUAUUGAUAAACUUCACGAUUCAGAAUGUAUGUGUGAACAAGUAUUUGAUGUCCAUGGGUUGGUUCUGAUGAAAUUUUUUACAAAAAAAAAGGAAACUUACUAUAAACAGUUAUUUUUGUCUGUCAUGAAACAUGAAUCAACCAUGACGGUAACCAUUGAAAUGACAUUAAAGUGUGCAGAUCCACGUUUUAAACACACCCUAACUUGUUCUGAAACAUGGUCUCAGGAUUUAUAUUUAUUUCAAAGAAGAUAUGAUAACAUAAAAUUAACAUUUAAUGUUAACAUUAACAUCCUGGUCAGAAAAUGCAAGUCAGUAUUAGACCUUAUAUAUUUAGAUGAAGAUUUCACAGACUUCCAAUUGAGCACAGCGAAAGGAAGUGUCCCCUUGCAUAGAGCAAUCCUUGCUGCACACAGUGAUGUAUUCAGGAGAAUGCUCUCUGGGGAAUGGAAGGAGACAAAUGCUGGAUGCAUUGAGAUAGAAGGAGUCACACUUGAGACCCUCCAAAACCUAAAGCGAUACAUGUACUUGGGCACUAUGCCCGAAGAUGGGUUGUGCCCCCUCCUACUCAUUGCUACAUGCUAUUUCAUUGAUGACCUUAAAGCAGAAUGUAUUAUUAAGCUAGCUCAUUCAUUCACUUCAGAAAACCUGUAUGACCUCUUGGAAUUUUCCUAUGUUAACAAUAUGCCAGAGUUGACAUUUGCCAUUCUUAGGACUGUACGAGCACAGCCAAGGGAUGUGAUUGAAGUUGCUAAUCAAAAAAUUAUGAAAUCCGAAAAGAGUGAGGAUAUGAAUGGAAAAAACGAGGCAAUUUGUGUAGAGCCAAAGAAAGAAGAAUGA